UCAUCAUCAUUCGACGGCCACGACGCCUGGCGGACUUUUAUAUACGUGCCGUGUCUAGCAAGCAGGGCGACGCCUCUCCUGCGCUCACACCUCUCCUCUCGUCACAACGUCGUUUACGAGCCUUCACCUCUAGCGGCGGGUCACUUGCCGGUCGAGGCCAAACGUGCAUAACCACUUGCUUCUAGAGCCUCAUACCCCCCCGCUCGUCGGGUCUGAGUUGUCGUGUCGCGUCACUGAGCACAGCACAUGACAAGUCGACGCCUGUUCGAGAUAGAUAUCCUUGCCCCACACUGCUCAUCGCAGCCAGACGACUUACAGCGCCUUUUUCCUGCUUUUCUCUUUGCAUCUCUUCUGCUUCCCUACCUCCAUCUCCCCCACCCUUGCCGGCCCUCGUGGAGGCUUCCGUUCCGUCCCGUCCUGCGCCUGCUGCACUCAACUCUGACUUCCCUUUCCAUCUGCUGUUAUCUUUUUGGAAUCCCUCAUAACGUGGACCUAGUCGCUUUCCCGGUUGAUCACCUGCCUGGACUUGGCCACCUGGACACAACCGAGGAAGUUUCACUACAUAGCAAUCCAGGCCUGGAACCUUCCUACCUUUGACCGGCGGAUUCUUCUUACGUCGUCAUUUCUUUUGGCGCCCGCCUUCAGAGCAACCAUGGCAAACUAUCAGUACCAACAGCCGCAUAAUUAUAGCUACGAAGAAUAUGAGCGCGCCACCGAUCCAGGUAGAGCUGCGCCUCCAAGUGGUCCAAACUUUCGCUGGUGGAUUCCGGAAGACGGAAUUCGUCGCGAUGUGAUACAGGCGGACAUACAGCGCUAUCUUGGUCCAGAUGCCAUGGUAAAACCUGGCGAGGGCCGCGAUGAGAACAGAGGCCGAAGAGGCUAUUGGAUCGCUGCAUACAGAACAUUUACUCCAGAAAUGAUCAGGGACCUGAAGGCAGAUUCCGCCAAUUUUGAGCGAUCAGGCGAGAGAGGUACCCCAAAACCGGAUAGAUUUGGUUCUCGAUCUACCCAUAGUCCUGACUUUUGUGUAGGCGCAUACCAAGAUUCCACAAUUCACCGAUCAAGGCAAUAUUGGGGCCCCACAUCUAAUUCAGGAUCCCAGCCAGAACAGAUCGAACGUCCUCAGCCACGAAUUUCUGAGCCCAGGACACAUGCACAAGGCAGUUCGGCCGCUUACCAAACAAGUGCAGCUCUAUCCAGCGGCUACUAUGCACAACAAGCCAGCUAUCCUGCCACUCCAGCACCUGGGACCAGUUCGCAAUAUACACUUGAACGACCGCCCGUGACUGGUGGAGAAGCUUAUCAAUACGCAGCUCCCUCGGACAGUAUAUUUGGCCAGCCGAGUAAUAUGCCACGUCAAGCGGAACCCAGGAUGUAUUCUGCGACCUCGGAGCCGUAUUCCAACGCUCCUUCCAAUCCCCAGGGUUACGGUCCUGCUAGGUAUUUUGGUUUGAAACGCCCGGAGUAUUUGGGUUUCUACUAAGCCCAAUCAAUAGGUCGCAGCAAACAUACGCGCCUUCAAAGGCUGCGCCGCCAGGCUAUUACCUUGCCUCAGAUGGCAACUACUACCCCAUUUCGUCCCGGCCAGCGUAGACACAAGCUGUAUACUAACCACCGUCGCGUUUCCGUGUCUAUAAAUUUUCCUGCAACUGGAUCCGGCCUGGAAUCUCUUUUUUAUUUGCUGUCAGAACCUUUUCAUAUUUCUUCAAGUUAUAUGCUGGAGAUUGCCAAACGUGGUCACCACCGUUGGACAUUCAUGAACCCACGCAGAAAGCCAAGGUCUAUCAACCCGUCAACGUUGUGGCCUUGACAGCAUACUUUCCGUUGAGAAUGGGCCACUCAUGCCUUUUACAUGAACCAAAUUUUUAACCUACCAGGCCGAUCACUUGAUCUACAUGAUUGACGUGCAUUCUUGAACUCCACCUCGAGCCAUUCGGCUGGAACCCAUUCGCGUUAUGAGCACCACGAAUAUGAACGAUGGACCCAUGCCUUAUCAAUGUCUUUUAAACCAAUGUCACUGUGGUAGAAUCUGGAUUCUGAUACAUUGCAUCUUGGCGUUUGAUGACUGGAAGGAGCGGCGUCUCCACAGGAUGUACUGAGCCGAUUUUAUUUCUCCUUGUUUACUCAUCACUAUGUACAUAUUCACCUGGAUGAUUCUCUUAGCAUUACCUGCUCGCCGAAUGGAUGUUGACUUCUGCUGGAAACGAGGAUCUUCUGCAUUCAUAGCUUAGCGGGGGGGCCGAAAUUGGGACAAACUGAAACAUCCCCGUUGUUGGUUGGAUUGCCAACUUUUCAAUUUUUUUUUUCUCAUCUGAACAAGUUCUUUCGAUGUCUGAGGGAGUCGUGGGGCCCUGUUGACCACGGUUCUCUGCGAUUAGGACUAAGCUCACCUUUUUGAUGCUCUACCUGCUCCUUGCCGGAAAGUCGAAUGAUUCUGAA